UUUAUCUUUUAACGUCGAAAGUAAAACCCGAUGUUUUGCAGUUAAUCAAUCUACAGAGUCCAACUGCGAGAGUUUCUACGCUUCCCCGUUUUCUUAACCACGAAGUAUCAAAUAAGGGUUUCAGCUCUUGCGGAUCUUGGAAUAUUUGAAGCCAUAACUGAGCCAUGAGUCAAAGAGGAUUAAUAUAUAGUUUUGUUGCAAAGGGGACCAUUGUACUAGCGGAGCACACAUCAUUCUCUGGGAAUUUCAGCACUAUUGCAAUUCAGUGCUUGCAGAAACUGCCUUCAAAUAGCAAUAAAUACACCUACUCAUGUGAUGGUUACACAUUCAACUUCCUCAUUGAUAGUGGAUUUGUCUUCCUUGUUGUUGCUGAUGAAGCAGUUGGGAGGAGCAUGCCCUUCGUGCUUCUUGAGCGGGUGAAAGAUGAUUUUAAACAGCAGUAUGGUGCAAGCAUUGGCAGUGAUAGUACACACCCACUUGCUGAUGAUGACGAUGAUGAUUUAUUUGAAGACAGAUUUAGUAUUGCGUACAGUCUCGACAGAGAAUUUGGGCCCCGGCUUAAGGAGCAUAUGCAAUAUUGCAUGAGCCAUCCAGAAGAGAUAAGUAAGCUGUCCAAGCUGAAGGCUCAAAUAACAGAGGUCAAAGGGGUAAUGAUGGACAAUAUCGAAAAGGUGUUGGACCGUGGUGAAAAGAUUGAACUUCUGGUGGAUAAAACUGAAAACCUUCAGUUCCAGGCAGAUAGCUUUCAGAGGCAAGGCAGACAACUCCGGCGGAAGAUGUGGCUGCAAAAUCUCAGAUUCAAGCUGAUGGUUGGAGGAGCAAUUAUUGCACUCAUUAUUAUACUAUGGCUAAUGGUUUGCAGAGGAUUCACAUGUUCAAGGGCAUGAGAAAGAUAUGGUUGCUAUUACUUUUUCUUUUUUGUAUAUAUAGGAAAAAAUAAAUCUUGUAAAUGGAGAUUGACACUGAUAUGUAGGAAUUCUAUACUAUCUGGCUAUCUGCCCUGUUUUUGCCACUUUGUUGGACUGCUGAAAGGCUUUUUGGAUUCUGGUGGUAUCUGAAGUUCUCAGUGAUAUAAUUUGUUUGUGUAAAGAUAUUUGGUU